AUGCACACAUAUGUCGUUUUCCCCACUGUCUUUGGGUUACUUUGUUCAGUCGCUAGGGCAGUCCUAUAUGAGAGCGUGAUCCAAACCCCCAGUGGCCCUGUCCAAGGUUAUCCGGCCUUUAACAGCACUAUUGCCGGUCUGAAUCUCACCAAUUGGCAAAAAGUCACUGUCUGGAAAGGCAUCCCCUUUGCUGCCGACACGUCGGGGGAAAACCGCUUCCGUCCUCCUCAAAAAGUCACAGCUUGGAACAUAACUUUGGACGCCAAGGACUAUGGCUAUUCUUGUCCAUCGUCUGGCACCACCUAUGCCACGAUUGGUGAAGACUGUUUGAACGUCAACGUUUGGAGCGCAGCCAACUCUACGGAUGACAAGCUGCCUGUUGUCCUGUGGAGCUACCCUGCCGGCGGCUCUAACGCUGAUCCUCGCUUCGAUGGUGCUGGAUUGGCUGACAAGGGCGUUGUUUUUGUCAAUUACAACUAUCGUACUGGCCCAACCGGUUGGCUUGUGUCCCCCGAGUUGACAGAGGAGAACCUAGCCACCAUCGGCCUCAACAGCUCUGGAAAUUGGGGCAUGCUAGAUCAGUUUGCUGCUCUGCAGUGGGUGCGAGACAACAUUGCCUCCUUUGGUGGUGACCCUGACCACAUUACAGUCAUGGGUCAAUCGGCUGGUUCUGCUGCGACCUAUCACAUUCUCAACAGUCCCUUGACCAAAGGCAAGAUUGUCGGCGCCAUUAUCCAAAGUGGUCUUCGUGAUCCCCACGAUCCAUCCGCUGUCGAGCUGGCUGAAGGCUACCAGACCUACGACGUCGCCGAGGAAUACGGCCUCUCCUUUAUGGAGAGUGUCAACUGUUCCACGAUUAGUUGCAUGCGCUCCUUGCCAAUGGAGACCCUCGAUACUUCUGAGCGUGGAGGCACAGCUGGCGCAUCAUUCAAGGGAACCCUCGACUAUUACUGCAUGCCUGAUACUUAUUUGAACACGCUGAAACUUGGUCUAGCUCACGAUGUUCCCAUCCUGACAGGCAACACAAGGGACGAAAGUGGCGCUUCUUAUGGGUUGAACAUCACACUUGCAGAAUACCUUUCGGGUUUAAACAGCACAUAUACAAACGGAUUUGCGGACAAGUUCUUCGACGCUUAUCCGGCAAACAACUCCACCACUGCUUCCGCUGCCCAAAAUGCACAAUACACUGAUCGUUCCACGGUUGGCACACAGUUUUGGGCCAACUAUUGGUUGAGCAACAGAACCAGCCCGGUAUGGACCUAUCUUUGGGAUCACGCUCCUCCAGGACAAAACGCCGGCGCUGCCCACAUGACGGAAAUUCAGUAUACGCAAUACAACCUCUACAAUGUAUACUACGGUGAAUGGGAGGAAGAGGACUAUGAGAUUGCUGAAAAGAUGAGCAAUUACUGGGUAAACUUUAUCAAAUACGGCAACCCCAAUGGCGAUGGUUUGACUUACUGGGACAAUGUCAAUGCCAGCACAACCACGACUCAGGAGCUUGGUGGCGGUUGGGGCCCCAAGAUCAUUGCACGUGAUGAUCAAAUUGCUCUCUUCAAGUCCUGGUUUGCUUCGUUAGCGGCUAUUUAA